GCGGCGGGGGUGCGGUCCGUGGGAGCGGGAGGCUGCGCAGCUCGGUAUCCGGCUCCCCUAUUGCCCUCCGGUUAUUCGCUAUUUGUAGAUGCAAGAAUGGAGACUGAUUGCAAUCCUAUGGAGUUGCCUGAUAAUACAGGGUUUGAAGAGGAUUCUGAUUACAGAGACUUUGAAGGAACAGACGUGAAAGAUAUGAGACUAGAAGCUGAAGCUGUUGUAAAUGAUGUUUUGUUUGCCGUCAGCAACAUGUUUGUGUCAAAGACCCUUCCCUGUGCAGAGGAUGUGGCAUAUAUCAAUGUGGAAACCAGGGAAAGGAACAGAUACUGUCUGGAGCUCACUGAAGCAGGACUCAGGGUAGUAGCUUAUGAUUUUGAUCAGACUGAUGACAGACUGCAAACUCCAUACCAUGAAACUGUCUACUCCUUGUUGGACUCUCUCAGCCCUGCAUAUCGACAGGUGUUUGGAAAUGCAUUGCUACAAAGACUAGAAGCUUUGAAGAAAGAAACUCAGUCAUGAUAUACCCAGAUAUGAGGAAGGUUUAGUGCCAGAUUGAAUUCUUAGUAYGAAGCACUGAGAUCUUCCUUAUAAGUAUCUUAAGCUUCAUUUCUUGCAUUGGUGUCUAAUUCAUGCUAGUAGAUUAUUAUAUAACGUUUAUAUGUUAUAACAAGUAUAUUAUAUAACAUUUUGCUACCAUGGAUUUGCAUAUAUCAUAUUAUUACAAGCCACUUUGAUAAAUAUGAAAGAAUUCUUAAAAUUACUUUUUGUUGWAAAUGAGCACAUAAGUUGCUUCAUACAAUGUUCAAAAACUUUGGUCUCUUUUCCAAGUCUUAGUAUUCAAAACUAAAAAAAAMCAGACUGAAUGUUAUAAGUGGUAAUUCUUUGUAUGCGUGCUUUCUGAUAAUUGUGAUGCYACCUUUUUAAAUAGAAACAAACUACUUGCUCUACCCAGUUAAUGAAAAAAUAAUUGGGAAAACUUCUGCAAAGAAUUUCUGCUUGAUUUGCUAUACAUAAAUCUGAAAGUUCUCMGCUUUGUAGCAAGAAAGAUGGUUMUUCAACAGUUGAGCAUUGCUUAUAUAGUAGUAGGAUCUGACCAAGGCUCAGCAUUAAUUCAUCUGUCCUUGUCUGUAGCAACCAGCAAGCUCCAAAUAAUCCACAAAAUGAACUGCUUAUAUAUGAAUGUAUUGUCUGAACCAUAAAUGAUUAAGCACAGAAUUAAUGGGCUACACGUUUCCUAAAAACRAUGUUACAUAUGCUAUAUAUAUGUAUGCUAUAUUGCAACUGUUUGAGAGGCUUGGAAGGCCUGUUUUCUAUUUCGAAUGUGUGUUUACAUGAUGUACAGGAUAUACUCAAGAGUAUUUUUGCUUCAGCCUUUACUUUCUAUAAUACAGUACUUUGGUACUCCCAGUUUUCACAUUUUCUCCCUCAAUUGUACAGUGUCCUCUCCUGAGGAAUACUAAAGUAAGCACUGUAAUGUUAAUUGCAUUGUAUUGGUUUGAAACCAAAGGCUGUAUGAAAUUUGCUAAGACUAAUAUAAACUGGAAGAUUAUAACUUGUAUUUUCUACUUAAAAACUGGUACAACUCUCUUUAUAAUUCUAUUGUUCUGCUAUAAUACAACUUUUCAAGUAUGUACUGAAUGGUAGACUUUUUAAAAAUUACAGUUGGGUAGAAGUGCUUGUACAGUUGAACUGAAGCUCUGUGACAUUCAUACUUUUUGUAUUCUAUUAUUCUGUAUUUGUGUGUCUUUAUUCAAACAAUCCUGCCAUUAUUCUUCUAUGCUUUUGUGACAAGUACAUGCAGUAGCUUUUUUGGAGCCACAUUUAGGGAUAUAUUGGUUCUCACAGAUUCCAGUGACUUCAGUGGACCUAUGUUGACUUCURCCUGCUAUGGGUUAGUCAUAUUGAUCAGAGAAGUCUGGCAGAGCUUUUGUAAUGGCUUUGGCUUAGCAAUGUGCAACUAUGACAAAACAACUGUAAUUGGUGCUUCUGUUUUUGAGAGCUUCAUUUCAUCAUUAUUUUUUGGGUUGAAACUUCUGAAACUAGUCCUCUGCCCUAGAGUAUGCUUCCAUGCUCCAAAAAUUGUUCAUGGGCUCUCUUUUGCACACAGGUCUGUGGCAUGUGGUUAGUCCUCUAUGAGGAAAAUGUACUUUAGCAAAUUMAUAUUUGAAUAUUUUUCCUUGCAGCUGAUUUACUUGUUCAAUUUCAAUGACUAAAGAAUUAAAUAAAUAUACUGGUGCAAUGUAGUUUUCUUGUG